AUGACUUCGUGUUAUUGGGAGUCCUUUAACAAUCUUUCCGGGAAAGUUGUCAUGAAUGCUUCGUAUUUCAGUUUUUCCACAAGCAGUUUGCUCUGUUGUGCCAGGCGAUGCAAGUCUCAAAGAAAAUGUCUAUCCAUCAAUUAUGACACUAUAGAGAGAGAUUGCAUUCUUAACUUCAAAAGUCAUGUGUCUUCUAAUACUCAGCUGGAUACAAGCAGUCAUAUACGAUCUUACGACAUUAGCAUUUGGAGUGAUGAGGUUUUAUUUAUGGGAGGAUGUAGUAACCACAGCUGUAGGUAUGAUCUGAUCUGUAACGAAGGAGGAAGCGACCAGAAAAUGCCCUAUACGUGUGUACAGGACACACAAUGUCAGUGGAAUGAUGGUUGUACAGCCUGCCUCCAGGGCAGUGGACAAACGAUUCAAGCAAAUACGCCUAACUAUGUUGCAGUAGGCUGCUACCAUGCGCCAAACACUAACACUGGAUUUAACAACUAUGUUAACCUCAGAUCACAGAUUAACUGGCAUGACAUCGGGGCUACAAUCAGAGCGUGUGCUUUAGAGGCUAAAAACAGAAUGCUAUUAUAUUUUGGCAUUGAGUUCUAUGGGGAGUGUUAUAUGAGAAAUGAUACACUUGAGGCAUCAUACAGACUAGUUUCUGCGAGCAAGUGUACAGAGAGGUGUGUAUUGGGAGUUGGUGCUCAACAUACUCUUUUCGUUUAUCAGUUACAGUAA